AUGUCGAUGUGGAGGGUGGUGUCUUGCGUGCUCGUCGCUUUCACGGUUAUCGCGGCGACUGCCGACGCCGCGGAGCCGGUCAAGCUGGACCUGAACGAUCUGCUGGGCAACCUGGGAGGCGCACAGGGUGGAGGUCGUCCACGAUCGUCCGAUGUUUGUCCUGUCGGUCAGGCUCACGCCCCCACUGAGGACGAGAGUUACAAGAUCGAGUGCAACGGAUGUGGACCCAAGGGGAUGCAGAUAAAGGAACCCUUCGGUCUCUACCGCUGCUGCAACAACCACGACCUCUGCUUCGCCACCUGCGGCACGUCUCAGGACUUCUGCGAAGAGCUCUUCACGAGCUGCAUGUCCAAGGUAUGCCGCUCGUUUGGCAGCGGCGAACGGAGGGAGGCGUGCCAGAAGCAGGCAAACGGCAUGAGCGGGAUGACCAGGAUGUUCGGCGGCGGGUUCCACCUCACCUCGCAGCGCUCCGACCCCGAGAGGGGCAAGCAGGGCGCGUGCGACUGCUACCUCCCCGAGGACGCGGAGGCGAGGUGGCUCACCACAUUUACCGAUUUUUACGUGCAACACGCCGCCAUGGAGCGGGACGCGGCGAUGAGCAAGGCCGAAGACGUGCUGUCCAAAUACAAGGGGCACGCGCGGGGCGAGGCGUACUUCAAGAUGAUAAAAAAGUACGGCAACUCGACGAAGGAGUUGAUGUUUGUCUGGGACGAAGUGAGACCCGAAUUGUGA